AUGGCGCAGGAGGCGGCCGAGCUGCUGGCGGCGGCGCGGGCCGAGCUGGCGGCGCGGCGGCUCUCGGCGGCCGAGGAGCUCUACAGCCGCUUCAUCGCCCGCAGCCCCGCGGGCGCCCGCCGCGACCUCGCCACGGCCCUCAACGACCGCGGGCAGGUGCGGUACCUGCGCGUGGAGUUCGCCGCCGCCCUGCGGGAUUACACGGCCGCCAUCGAGUGCCAGCCCAGCUUCGAGGUGCCCUACUACAACCGGGGGCUGGUGCGCUACCGGCUGGGAGACUUUGAUGAGGCCAUGCAAGAUUUCAGGAAAGUAUUAGAGUUAAACCCCCAGUUUGAAGAUGCUGCAUUGAGUCUAAAACAGACUAUUCUUGAUAAAGAAGAAAAACGGAAGCGGGGAUAUUGAACAUAGAGCUAGUGGUGUGAAAAUGUUCUGCUAAACAUGUGAUUUUUGUCAUUGAUGGAUGAAACACAAGAUCGUUUACAUCUGUUAUGACCUACUGAAGAAACCUCAUUCUUGUGUAAACAAGUUAAAAAUGGAUAUGAUUGCAGAAUAAACUGUGUUUGGUUAGUGUUGAGGAUAAGUAUAAUGUUGGAUCUCUGUGAGGCACGAGUACAGAUUUUGUACAGAAAUACCUUGUAAAGAUUUUGGAAGCUCAGUAGCAGCAAACGAAGCCUGUAGUUCUCUUACUAAAACUUCUUUAUUUAUUCACAGAUUGUUUUAAACAGUCUUUCGCGGGGAGAAAAAAUCAAACUGCACAAAACAUUUAAAUACUUAUGAUUGGAGCUCGUGAGAAAUACAGUAAUGAUAGUGUUUGUCCACAUAGAAAUGUUACAUUUUAUUUAAUCCUAAAGUGCAAUUGUUCUUUGUAAGGUGCUGUCCUUUAGAUUCUCUAUGGUAUAUGAAUUUCUUUUUCAUUUCAGAGUGUUUCUGUCUUAAGAAACACUUAACAGAAGUAAUGAGAUCUUUUUAGGUAACACCAUCUGUACCUUGCUCAAGGAAUGUGGUAGGAGAAUUCAGUCCUUUGUUCGUUCAUUCACUCCUGGGGUUAGUUUUACGUUACCUAAACAGGUAGGAACAGAGCACACCUCUUUUUUGUAAUCCUAUUGUGAAAGUUUUGGCCACAUUAAUAAUUGAAAGAAUAAAAACGAACAUGUACUUUUUAUCUUAUGAUUGUCUGCAAAACGCUUUUCUUAGAAAAUAUUCACAGGAGGAAUUGUGGCUUUCUCAUUCUUAUCAAAGAGAUCAAUUACCUGAAAAAUGCAGUGUUAAAUCAGUCUGAUGAAACUGGCUGUCAGUACCCAGGCCACCUCAUUUGUCAUGUGGUAGGAGAGACCAUUACUGAAAUCAUCAGCAAGAAACACUCUUGCAUGUUCAUAGCAAUACAAGUUCUAAUAAAAGAAAUACUCUCCUGAUUGCC